AUGCAUCCCCUCACGCUCUCCUCCACCGCGCUCCUCCGCCUAAUCAAGUCGCUCUCGCCGGCGGCGGGGCCGAGGGCCCACCUCGCGGCCGCGGCGAUUCACGGCCUCCUCUUCAAGGAAGGGCUCCUCCACGCCGGGGCGCACCUCCCCACGGCGCUGCUCUCGGCCUACGCAGCGCUCGGGAGGCCGCGCCACGCGCGGGACCUGUUCGACGAGAUGCCCGACCCGGGCCUCGUCACCCGCACGGCCAUGGCGCGCGCACACGCGGCGUCCGGCUCGUUCCCCGCAGCGGGGAUGGCGGCGGCCAGGAGACCUGGGAAGAUGGUUCAUGCCGUCAUUGUGACAAGCGGCAUUGUCCCGGAUGUGUUUGUCUCCACUGAGCUGAUCAGGGUGUAUGGAGAGUACGGCGAGCUGUCUGUCUCCCGGAGGUUGUUUGAUGCGAUGCCGGUGAGGAGCACAGUUUCGUGGAACGCCAUGGUGCAUCAGUAUAUCAGGCAUAGUAAUAUUGACAAUGCCUACGAGCUGUUCCUUGCAAUGCCAAGGAGGGAUGUAGUGUCAUGGAACACGGUGAUUGCUGGGUACUGCCUCGUUGGCCGAUAUAUGUACGCCAAGUGUGGAAGCAUUGAAAAGGCCCUUCAGGUGUUUGAAAAGGCACCUGGGAAGAGGGAUCUGUACUCAUGGACGACUGUGAUUUGUGGACUGGCAAUGCACGGUAAGGCUGCUGAUGCUCUAAGAAUGUUUGGCAUGAUGCAAGACAAUGGUAUACGACCAGAUGAUGUUACUCUUGUUGGGGUCCUUAAUGCUUGUGCACAUGGUGGACUUGUAGAUGAAGGCCUUCGCCACUUCUACUCCUUAGAGAAGUAUGCAAUCACACCCAAAAUUGAACACUAUGGAUGUGUCAUCGAUCUUCUUGGUCGUGUUGGGCGAUUGGAAGAAGCAUACAGCAUUAUCAGGACCAUGCGGAUGAAGCCUAAUGCAGUAAUCUGGGGCGCAUUCUUGAAUGCAUGCAAAGUUCACAGCAACGUGGAGCUUGGCGAGAUUGCAGCAGCUGAGCUCACCAGGUUAGAUCCAGAUGACCCCUGGGCAAAGGUGAUGCUGUCCAGCUUGUAUGCAAAAGCGCAGGACUGGAGCAGUCUAGCCAGGGAGAGGAGGGAGAUGAACAGCUUGCAGAUGAAGAAAACACCAGGGUGUAGCUCAAUUGAGCUUGAUGGAGAGGUGCAUGAGUUUGUUGCUGGUAGUUUUCAGCAUCCUCAGCAUGGUGAAAUUUGCACUGUACUAGAGAAUGUCGAAGCACAAACACUUGCUGGCUAA